UGGACCUCCACGGAGGCGAGGGAAUGGUUUGUCGUCGCUUGUGUUUGUGGGGGAAGGAAAUGAACGCAACACCCGCCGUUUGUUGUGAAGCGGCGGGCUAAUGUGAAUUAGAAAACUACCGAUGGCCUCAAACACUUGUUCGUGGGCUCAGAGACAGAUUGAACAUGGGUUGGAAACGCAAGUCUUCUUCUCCAGAACCACAACCAAAUCCUGCCAAAGCCCCUAAGAGAGAAUCUAUCAGCAGAUCUCUUUUCUCUCUCAAACUCUCUUCUAGUUCACGGAGAACAAAGGUCUCUACAUCCACUAAGAACAAAAGCUGGACCUCAAUCCAGACACUGUCUCCAGACAAACAUUUCCAUCAGUCCAAUUGCCAUGAGCAGAACUCCAGUGCAGAUGACAGUGGCAGUGUCCAGUCCUCCACUCCAAUUUCAUCCCCACUACAGUCAGAGGAGGAUGCAGAGCUGGGUCUGGUCAUCACUGUGGAUGAGGACAGGUGUGAAGGGGAGGAGUGGCUAAAGAAACGGUAUGGAGUGAAUGUAAAGAAGAGUGAAAUGACUCAGGUGGAAGGAGAGAUCCCUGAGAAGAAUGGAGAUCUGAAGAAGACUACAGAACAGCUUGAGGAAGACGAUGAGAGUGAGGAAGAGCUGAAGAAGCUGGACAGCGAUUUAACGCUCAAAUCCAAAAAGCUCCAGCUCUCCACUGUCAACGUUCGUGACAUCAUCCACGAGGUGGUAACCAAUGAGCAUGUUGUGGCCAUGAUGAAAGCUGCUAUAAGAGACACACAAGAUAUGCCCAUGUUUGAGCCUAAAAUGACCCGUUCUAAGCUCAAAGAAGUUGUUGAGAAAGGGGUGGGGAUGGGCAAUUGGAACAUCUCUUCAAUAAAGAAGCCAAGUGAGAUUAAGCCACCCCAGUUUGUGGACAUUCCCCUGCAAGAAGAGGAGGACUCCUCUGAUGAAGAGUAUUGUCCUGAUGAAGAUGAGGAAGAUGAAACCGCUGAGGAGACGUUUUUGGAGAGUGAUGUGGAGAGCACAGCCUCCUCUCCACGUGGCAGCAGACGUUCUACCUCUCAAUCGCCUCCCCAAUGUGAUGAUGCCAGCAAUAGCCCCAGACUGAAUCCCAAGCUCUCCAGACACUUGAUAGUUGAAGCUGUGCCUAUGGGUCCUCCUGCCCCACCUCCUCAAUCCUGUGGCAUCUCACGGUCCCUUAGGGCCCCUGACCCCUUCAUUGAGAAACUACAUGCUGUGGAUAAAGAACUUGAACUCAGUCCUCUCUGCAUGGAGCCUUACCAGGCUUUGAGCAGUGGUGGCGGAGGGGAGCCGAAUGACGGUCUGGUAGCUUUUCGUACUCGGUCAAAACGUCCACUGAGGGACGUUCCCUUAGAUCAGCUGGAGGCAGAGCUCUGUGCGCCGGACAUCACGCCAGACAUGUAUGAUAACGUCUCCACACCAGAGGACCCUGAAUGGACACAAUGGCUGCAGGGACUCAUGACCUCUGAUCUGGACAAUGAAGAAGAGGCUGAUGAAGAUGAUGACCCUGAAUAUAACUUUUUAGAUGAUUUAGACGAGCCAGAUUUGGAGGAUUAUCGAAAUGAUCGUGCUGUCCGUAUCACAAAGAAGGAAGUCAAUGAGCUCAUGGAAGAGCUAUUUGAGACAUUCCAUGAUGAGUUGGCUGCCAAAGAACAAGAUGAGGAAGGUCAUGAAGAAGAAGAGGAACGUGAUGAGGAGGUCAAUGACACGCCACAAUUCAAUGUCCCUCAAGCCAUUAGGUUGGAGGAGCCGUUGGCUCACAUGUUGACUGCCUGCAGGCGGACAGUCAGAGAGCAGCUGGAUGCUUUGCAGCAGCGACGGGAGAACCAGGUUCGGUUCACCCAGCAUGCAACUGGGCCUGGCAUGUUUCUUAUGCAGCCCACCUGUCCUCUGGUGGUCACGUCUCCUCAGAGAAUACAACUGCAGCAGCAAAUACAGCAACAUGUCCAGUUACUGACACAGGUCAAUAUGCUGUGCAACCCAGUGAAGGCACUACAGAGUGAAGCUCAAACCACCAAACAUUUCCUGGGGGAGUUGCUGUCUUUUGCGGAGCGGGCAGAGGAGGAGAGAUCAAUGGUUAAUCCAGGUUUUAGAAGCAUGUUUAGGGUGUGUAACUUGCAGUCCUCCCUCAACUUGUUGGAGGAGUUAAAGCAAUGUCCUUCUCUGUAUCUUCCUCCCAAACCCAUUCACCCAAACUCAGCUCAUUCGUACCCGCUGCUUCCAGCUGGUCUUGCAUGGUUGUUGGCCACACGCUCUGUGUUUCUGUACCCAGAGCUUCUUCCACACUGCAGGCUGGAUCCAGUACUGCAUCCCCCACGCAGCAAACAUUCUUACACCAAAGGAGAAGAUGGUCUCUUAGUCUUGGGGUUAAAGCACUUUGCUCAAACAGAAUUCCCAUAUCAUCUUAUAAGCCGCUAUCUGAUCCGGCCCAAGCGUCAGGAGCAGCUGCGUGUGCGUGUGAAGGACAUGAUGUCCCCCAGAGCCCCACACAACAUCAUCAAGUUUUACUGCCAGAAUCGUGUUGUUCCUCCAUUACCUGUGAUGUGCAGACCUGUGGUGCCUGGAGAGGAGUGCCCUCCUGUGGAAAGAGAGCAAGACGUGAUGCCCAACUGGUUGAAGAAAAGCUUGCCAUACAUCCAUAGAGCAGUUUGUCAGAGCAGUUUACAGGGGACCUCCUCCAUCAAGUCUCCUACCCUUGUCUUCCCGAAAGGAACACGCUACCCACAGUUCCUCCCUAAAGGCGUCACUCUGCGUCUGCACCCCUCACAGAGACCAAUUCGUGCUUCACAGCCCAAAUCUCGACCUCUACGUGGUUUUGCCUGUCCUACUCUCACACCACUGGCUAAAGCGCCUCCAUGUCCCACAGGUUCAGGAAAUGUAUUGACAAAUGUGUCCACACCUCUUCCAGCACAUGGUGUAGUAUUAUUGACCCAAACUUCUAUCACUCCUAUAAAUGGGGUGUUCCCAUUGGUUCACCCCCCUUUGACCCCUGCUCAUGGGACUGUCCCACUGAGCACCUCUUGUCCUGUUAAUUUCCAGUAUGUUACUCCUGAAUUGGGGGCUGGUAAUCCGGCACACCCUCCUGCCAACUUGCACCCCGCUGUAGUUCAGAUACCCCCGUGUGAUAUCCCCCUACUUAGUACUGGAACAGUCAAGGCGUGUGGCAUGCAGCAGAUAUCCAAUAAUCAGAAGAAACGGACCAUACCUAGAAAACUUGCUCCUUUGAAACCAGCCCCCCGGUUACCCCAGCUAUUGCCCCUGUCCUCUGGUAAUAUGAAAAACGUAAGCAACCCUGCUGUCAUUAUGGACCAGCCAGUAUGCAUGAAUGUCACACAGAAAUUGCCAUCAGAUAACGUGGUUGUUAUCAAAGCCCAUGAAAAUGCCGCCCCGCACAGAUUGGUCACAUCUCCCUCUCAGGAUCUUGUCAUACAGUUAGUCCCUGGUACGCAGGCCUUGGGACAUUCCUCAAGUCCCUACACUGGAAAGAUGACACAGAAGUCUGUGUCUGAAGUCUCUCUUCUGACAGCAGCACCGGCAGAAGACAAUUCUCAGUUUGUGCUGGUUCAAACCGUUUCAUCUACAGGGGUUCCUCAGUUUGUACUUCUGCCUCAAGACUCAGUCGUUCUGAACCAACCUGCUCUACUUCCUGCUGAAGGUGCACCAGGAAGUUUAUCCCAGAAAACUGACAUCCCUAAUGGCUCCGUAGUCCUAAAUAACAAGGGUUGCACUAAAGUGCCUUUAAACAUCAUCACACCAGACACGUCAUCGCCAAUUGGAGGAGAAGAUGCUGGCGAAAGAAAAGAGGAUAUUGAGGAAAUGGUUGGAGACAGAUGGGAAGAGGAAAUGGCAGGCGCUUUGUUUGGUAGUCCUCUCCUGGCACUCUCAGAGUCCUCUUGCAGCCCUGACUCCAGUUUGACCAGCACGGACGGUGGUGAUGAAGCUUCUGUGAGGGUGGAGAUGGAUAUUGUAGAGUGUCCUCCUGUCCAAUCUGCCUCUGGCAAACAGGAAACACCAGGAGUGUGUGAACACGGCACUGGAGAUGGGAGGGACCAACAAUCCAGCGGGGGAGAGACACAGAACAGUGGGAACAAGGAGGGACGGGGCGAGGAGAGGGAGAGUGGGGGAAAUGAAGAACAUGAUGAGGAUGAAGGCGAGAAGAGCGGUGAUGGAGAAGGUGACAGGAAAACGGAUGGGGAUGGAAGAGGCGACAAAGAUAGGGAAGAGAAGGAUGGAGAUGGAGAGAAAGAUGGAGAUGGAGAGAGGGAUGAAGAAGAGGAGGAUUUCGAUGACCUCACACAGGAUGAGGAUGAAGAGGAAGUGAUGUCAUCAGCAUCAGAGGAAUCGGUGUUGUCCGUUCCAGAGCUUCAGGAGACAAUGGAGAAGUUGACCUGGUUGGCAUCAGAGAGGAGGUUGUGCAGAGAGGGAGAUUCUGAGGAGGACAAUUCGCCCACUUCCCCAACAUCCCCCACCUCCCCAAACUCCCAAAACUCCCCUGCGUCCCAGAAUUCGCAGGAGGAGAACUCCGAGGACGAGGAUGAUGGUGCGAUGAAGGGUGAUGAGAUGGAAGCGGGGGAGGGAGAAGGUGGAAAGCUUCCUGAGGGAGAAGCACUGCCUGGUGACGACCCUCCACAGAUCAGCGGGAGAGGAGGGGGGCGUGGAAGAGGCCGUGGUCGCCCACCCCCUCGUAGUCUGAAGCGCGUUCGACGACAGGAACGAGGAAGUAAAGAUGCCUCAAAGCUGCUCCUGUUGUACGAUGACCACAUCUUGGACAACGAUCCAAUGAGAGAGAGCAAAGAUAUGGCUUUUGCCCAGGCUUAUCUCAACAGGGUGCGUGAGGUCUUGCAAGACAUUCCUGGUAAAGUGGAGGAGUUUUUAGGGCUGCUUUAUGAGUUUGACGAGGCAGGGGAGAGUCGCAGUGUUGUAGAGUUGUUCUCCCAGCUGAAACUUCUGCUCAAGGACUGGCCUGAGCUCCUCAAGGACUUUGCUGCUUUCCUUUUACCUGAGCAAGCUCUGGAGUGUGGACUGUUUGAAGAACAGCAAGCCUUUGAGAGGAGUCGUCGGUUCCUGCGUCAGUUGGAGAUCAGUUUUGGGGAGAAUCCAUCUCAUUACCAGAAGAUAGUGAGAGCGCUCCAGAGUGGAAGUCCUCUCAGUCCUGCUGGGAUUGAAGAGCUCAAAACACAGAUGGCCACCCUUCUUAAAGGCCACACACACCUACAAGGAGAAUUUUGGAUGUUUUUUGAUGAGAUGCGUCCACCCCCAGCACGUCCUGGCCAGUUUGAAGAGGCGGUUUGGCCGGAAGACGUGGGCACUGGGACAGAUGGAGAAGCGGGGAUGAGUUUGGCCUCUAGAGGUGGUGUAUGGGGAGGAUUUGAGGAAGUCACUCUGCCUGAUCUAGAGGAAGAUGAAGAGUCUCACAAGAUUCGACAGAUCAGGAGCAGGAGGAGGAAAGAAAUGCGCACACAUGGCAACUACAAGGACUGUGAUUGGCCUGAAAAAGAUUGCUCAUGUCCCUGUCAUGACUCCGGCCAUGAAGCCAAGCAUCGCAGGCAUAAGAGGAAGGGAUGCUUGCGUUGUAAUGGCAACAAGGCCACUAAUGGUUCCAAGGUACUGAAGAGUCGCGAUUCUGCAUUUCCAUCUGCGGAUGCACAAUCUGAAAGAGGAGGGGAGGAAAAGGAAGAAGAAAGAGUACAAGGGGAGGAUGGAGAGGCAGAGAAAGAGGUUAAAGAUGAGACUGGCAGUGGAACAAACAGUCCACAUGAUGAUGGUGAUGGGACUGUAUGGGAGGGAGAUGAGAGACCCACUUCUCCAGUCCUAGAGGAGCAGAAAAUACAGAACAAAGACGAUGACAAGAAAAACGAAGAGGAGAUGCAUCAUACAACUGCACUACAGCACAGUAGGGAUGAAGACGAUUCAGCUGAAUCCGGAGAGAGAGAUGCCACUCAGCAGAGCACACUGAGUCCAGUCUUAGACACACCUGUGUGUGCCAAAAACAUCUCCCUCACUCCCAGUGGAGAGAAGGUCAUUCUCUGGACUAGGGAGGCAGAUCGAGUGAUCCUUACUGCCUGUCAGCAGCAAGGAGCCAAUCAGAGCACCUUUCAGGCUGUGUCAGAGCAGCUCGGCAACAAAACAGCCAGCGAGGUUUCAAGGAGAUUUCGGGACCUGAUGCGUCUGUUCCAUACAUCAGCAUGUCAAGCCAGCUCGGAGGACGAGGCUGCCGAGCAGCAGUCUGCCACUGAUGAGGAACAGGACUGAGCCCUGCAGUCAUAAAAGGAUCAGACUUUUCUCCAUUCAUAUGAACUGCUGACUAUGUGCAUUAAAACACUGAUUCAGUUCAUCUAGCUGGAGACUAGUCAUGCACAUAAAUCCUAAAACUUGAAAUAACACCUGACAAAGAUGUAUUUUAAGUAUGGUGACAAAGGGUCAGAAGGUCUCUGUAACAUAUGAAGUAUGACUCCACUAAAUAUGAAGGUGUUAUCAAACACAUGCUAAACACAGAAAUCCAACAUACACAAAAGUUAUUACUGAAGAAUUGUAGCACAAAAAUGGCUCCGGUUCUGACAGGGCCUGAUUGUUAUAUUAUCGUUGGUGGGUAGAUUUUAUACACAAAAUUUAAUUUGAUUAGUGAAAAGAUACAGAUUUUUUUUCAAUGUAAAGCACUAACCAGCAGAUUCUCACCAACAUCGUUGCUAACUGACUUAUUGUAUAUUCUGUGAAAAUAUGAACAUACAGGUAUAGGGGGUUAGGGGUUUAUGUACAGUAUUUUUAUAUUGGGGUGAUUGUUUUAAUUUUGCUUCUGAUGUUAGUUUUGCGAAUGAUGCACACAUUGUUGGAAAUCUCGAGAGAAAAUUGGUAAAAUUAUUAUUUAUACUGAGUUUUGUGUAAGACUGAAUACAAUAAAAAAAUUGGCUGUGUGUAUAUUACACGCAGUAUAACU